UACAAACAACUUCCCAGUCCAUUAUCAUUCAACGGAAACGUCCAAAACACGCGGCAAAAUUUCAGGCUUCGAGACACCUGGAACACUACGGCAUGCCCUGUGCUGCCACGUUGAUUCAAUCUCAGCCCCCACACACCUCAUCAUUUCCAAUCAAAAAUGAAAUCCAACCCAAUCCAAACGCAAUCCAGCUGACCGCUUGCCGUACACAAAAAUAAGCAGCCCCUAUCAUUCCUUCAAACAUAUAAAACAUAGCACCAUCUAACAAUUUUCUGCAGACCUGCAUUCCAAUGGCCAGCCUCACCACUGCAGCACUCACCAUCCCUUCCUUCACCCGCCUAAAACCCGGACGCAUGACAUCCUCCAUGCCUAGAUCAAUAAGCCAUGCCAAGGCAUCUCCAACCAAGCCGGAGGUGUCAUUCCACGCCUCUCUAAAGCAAGUGGGUGCAGCUGUGGUUGCAACAACCAUGACUGCAAUGCUUGCGAGCAAUGCUCUUGCUUUCGAUGUGCUUCUCGGGGCCGAUGACGGCUCGCCGGUUUUCGUCCCCAAAGAGUUCAGUGUGUCGGCCGGGGAACUUAUUGUAUUCAAGAACAAUGCAGGGUUCCGUCACAACGUGUUGUUUGAUAAGGAUAAGAUACCAACCGGCGUGGACUCUGCUGUCAUCUCAAUGAAGGCAGGGGAGCUGCUUAAUGCGCCUGGGGAGAAUUAUGGCGUGACUCUGAUUAAGAAGGGCAGCUAUACUUUCUAUUGUUCUACGCAUAAAGGAGAUGGUAUGGUGGGCAAAGUGACCGUUAACUGAUUUGAAGUUUUGCCUGAAUCAAGUCAUCUAUAUUCUGUAAUUUUAGUGGAUAUGAGUAAAGAGUUCUUGUUUAGGGUGAUUUGUCACCUGUGUUUUGUACCUCUAAACAUAGUCUUUU